CAAUAGAGUCCGGCUUGCUUUACUAAGAACCCCGCAAACCCACCGCACUGUCGAGAAUCCGACAACACUCGACGUGGCUCCAACCAUUUAGCGAUAAUCUCCUCCCCCAUCACACUUUCAACCCUCCCCAACUACACACCAUUACCACGUCCCAAACCCCCACCGGGCCAUCUCCAAAACACCUCAGCAAAUCCAUCCAUCAUGCCCGUCCCCUCAACCUGCACCUUCACAACCCCGAUCCCAACCCCCCCAACCACCCUCCCCUCCUGCGCCCUCCCCCUGGGCCACUCCAACACCACCCUCCUCGAUACCUGCUGCAACGGCCACAUCAACCCGGUAACGACGUACGCCGCCCCGGGCGCACCAGAUGCGUGCUACCAGUUCUGCACGACCGAGGAUGUCCGGGGCGUUAUGGCGUGUCUGGGCGCGCCGGAGAAUUUGGGGGAGAGUGGGGAGGGAACGGCGACGGAGAGGUGGAGGUGUUUUAAUGUUGUGGAGAGGGAGGUGAAGAAGGAGGGGGUGUAUGGGAGUGGGGCUGGAAGGGUGAAUGAGAGGGGAUUGGGGGUAGGGGGUGUGGUGGUUGUGCUGUUGGGCGUGCUGGGCGUUGUGAUGGGAGUGUGACAGCCUUUCUUUCUCUUUUUGGUGUCCGAGGGGAUAUUUUGUCGCUUUUCUUUUUUCUUUUGUUUUUCUAUUGGGUGGUAUGAUGCAUGAUUGGGCGUAUGGUCCUCGUUUUCUAUCGCUUGGAGGCAGAUCUUGAGCACCGGUGCUUCGAC